AUGUUUACAAACUUAGAAAAAAAAUAAAAUGAAAUAAAAAAAACAUAUUGUAGAGAAAUAGAUAAUUUCCACAAACUUCAAAUAACGAGUGCACAAAGCAAGCUGGGAGUGAACAUGCGGCGAUUGUGUAAAUUCGUUUUUUUUGUGGCGAUACUCUUGCUAUUCGAUGUCAGCACUGUGAACCCAGCAAACCCCCAGCCGGAGUAUGACACAACAACUGUAACGCCAGUCACUACACUACCACCAACAACAAUAACCGAAGUCAACGCAAAUACCUUGGAGACAACAGCACCAACGCCGUCAACAUCAACCAACCUAUCAGAACCCUUACCCACAUUGGCAGCUAAAUUGGUACGCCAACGUCGCCAACAUCCCUACACGAUUGUGCGACAUGUGGUGCGCCCAGCGAAGCGUGGCAUAAAGUCACGCAGACGUCAGAAGUGGCCCAAAUACAAAUAUGGUCCACCAAAUUAUAGCGCUGCGCCACCGAUUUCCUACUACAAGCCGACAAAACAAUACUUGCCAGACUUUUCGGUGCCACCAAAAUAUUCACCGAUCGAUGAAUUGGAUUUGACAAAACAUUUGAACUCCGCCGAAUAUGAUGGUCACCCCCCACUGAAGAGUAAUCAUUAUGAGGAUCAAACGAUGGAUUUGGAUUUCUACAGUAACACCGAGCAUACAUUCGAGGAGCAUCCAAAAAUAGAGCAUAUCGAAUAUAGCACUUACGAUGACGAGAAAGAGGUGCCCACAUACUCGUAUACAUCGACGAAGACCGAAAUAAGAAAACCACAUUUGCCGACUAGUUUAUAUGACGAAUCAAAGAUGCAUGGCAGCGUUUAUAAAAUAUCAAGCAGCGAUAGUGGUGAUUCGGGCUAUGAAGAUUCCCACAGCUUUACGCCACCCGAUAAUGUCUACGAUAUGCACCCGAUGAGUAGUUAUGAGCGUCCUUCUCCGUCACAAGGCAAUAAGUUUUACGAAUAUAGUACGUUGGAUACGAGUGGGCACCCGAAUGUGCACAUACCGGCUACGAAGUAUGGUGUACCAGAUACAAAUAUACCGUUACUUUAUACACCGCCAGCCAAACAGUCCAGUUACAAUGCGCCCAAGCCAACACCAGUGGAAACAUACUCCAUGUAUGAUAAGAAACUACCAAAUGCUGGCUAUAAUGCGAUUAAAAGUUCAGGUCAUCAUAGCUUUGCGGAGCCGCCGUCGAAAACAAAUGUUGAAAUCACAUAUUCACCCUCUUAUGAGAUCACUUUGCCGCCAUCGCCAGCCAAUCAUAAGCCUGCAUCGGCAGACAACUAUCAUCCGGUGCCUGGAAAUUUUGCUGAGCCUCCUGCGCCGCCAACACCAUCUUACCACAUGCCGGAGGCACCACCGCAACCACCAACAACCUACCAUUCACCUCAAGCACCUCCAAAACGUCCACAUCGUCCCCCUGCACCGCCACCACGUCCUUCCUACCGUCCACCUGACGCGCAUGCGCCACCUUCAUAUCAAGUUCCACCAGAUCUCCAUGCACCGCCCCCCUUUGAAGUGCCGGGAUCACAUGAAAUUUCAGCUUAUGACGAUACUGAAACCCAUGCACCGCCAUCUUUUCAACCAACGGAGUCGCAUGCGCCCACAUCUUUCCCCUUUCCUGAAACGCAUGCGCCUACUUCGUUUGAAUCGCACGAGCCACCAAUACAGCCGCCAGCGGACGAUUUUGAAGUUCCCGAACCGCAUUCACCGCCUUUGUAUAGUGCGCCAGAGCCACCACCUCAACCACCGUCAACGUAUGAUCCUCCUGAUUCCAACUAUGCCAGCCCAUCUUCCCAUUCGGAGUACCCACAACCCGACUACAUAUCACCCUCUAAAAAUUUGCCCAUAAACUCGAAAUAUAUGCCGCCUGCUUAUAAUUACCCAAAAUCCAGUUAUGAAGUGCCCAUAUACGAUCCCAUACCGUUCGAGGCAUCCAGCCAUGAGGAACAUGAAACAUAUCCGCCCCACACAUUUGAAAACCAACAAAUGGACAGCCACUCACAAUCAGCAUCCUCACCAGUACCAACCGUCCAUGCCCCAGCCACACAUACCACAUCGGCCAAUGACGACGCGCCAACUUCGGUGAGAACUACAAAAGGUCUGCGUGCGAAAACCAUACGGAAACGCCUGCGUAACGGCACACCAGCUGUUAACACGAAACACAUACUGGAUACACCCGAAUUGGAAGAGGCCUUCGAAGCGAGCCAACGUCAUAAGAAUCAAUUGGCGCUCAAACCUGACGCUGAAGUUAAUGAGUCUAAUCACGUGGCGGCACAACCCAGUGACGAGCCAAACUACUUUCUACCAACCAUCACGCCAGAUACAAAUGAACCCAGUUACGUGAGCACCGCCUGGAACCCCAUACGCAUACGCUCGGCAAGCACACCAACUGCACUACCUGCUGCCCCAGCACCGAAAGCGAAAGCGAAUAGUCAAACACCAGUUGCCGCACCGGCGCCAGCUGCGGUACGUCCAAGAGAUCGUCGGCCUAACGGCGUGCGUCAACGACAGCUACAACAGCAACAUGUAUCGACAUUUACGCCGACGAACGGUGUAGGGAACACGCGACAAACAACACCGUUGCAUAGUGGUAGUGAGAAUGUGGCUGUGGUCUCGGUCAAUAAGUCUCACUCGUAUAGCUAUUAUGGAGGCACUUCGUCAUUGCCGAAUGUAAACGAUCAUAACUUAUAUCGAACGCGUCCGAACAAUUACCGCCAGCCAACACGGGCGCCAACCGUUACGAGGCAAAAUGCGUCUACGAGAGAGGAGUCUGCAGUGCCGCAACGAACAACGAAGAGUGUUUUCGAAACGACAUAUUUCAAAAGUCCACAUAAUGACGAUUUAGCGAGGCAUUUGAGCGAAUUCGUGCGCAAUUUGCCGAAAAAUCACAAACUGUACUGAUCGCAUAGGGGAGAAAUGGUAUUAAAAAUAAGAAUGUAGGAUUUUGAGUAGAUUUGAAUUUUAAAACUGUAUAAAAUUUAUAAAUUAUUUAUCUGCAAUGUAAGUAUGUAUGUAUAAUACUCGAUUUCAGUUCUUAAAUAUACUCUUCUUCAUUAUAAUAAUGGAUAUCUCAUGGAUAAAAUUUUAUUAUGAGACGAAAUUUUUCAUAAUUAAGUAAUUUUCUCCGGUUUCAAGUAUAAGAAAUGGCGUUCCCGAAUUAUGAAAUUGUUUUAGCGAGCCUUUAUUAUUUUAAAUUAAAAAAAAACUAAUUCACUCACCUCAAUUAGAGAGUUAUUUACACAAAAAUGUAUGUACAUUACGACACACCUUAUGAUUACUGUUUUAAUAAAUAUAUAUAUAUAUAUAUAUGUAUAUAUAUAUAAUUAUCUAUAAGAAAAAUUGCUGCCUU